AUGGUUAGAAAAACAAGAAGCGAUAAAAAAGAUACAAUCUGCAAAUAUUGUGGCCAUGAAUGCUCAACACCUCAAAAACUUCGUGAGUAUCUUAAGCGAAAAAAUCUAUACAAACUAUUACAAGAUCAAAAGAAUGUAGCUCCUAUUCAAGUACCAAUUAAAGGGCCCAUUCAAAAAGCUAACCAACAACCCAUUCAAGAGAAUAUUCAAGAAGCCGUUCAAAAGGAGACAGACAAAUGUGUUAACCCAAAUGCCCAAAAACCUGGUGAAGAUGAAUGUCUUAAAACAAAUAACUUGGAUGACUGUAUGACUCUCUGUUAUGAUCUUGAACAAUACGAUCCAGAAGCAGUUAAACCACCAACAAAAGACCUAGAAUUUAGAGAGCAAGAAAUAGGUACAGCAGUUAAAAGAAGAGCCAUAGCUAUAUAUCAUACAAAAGUUCCUAAAUCUCAUCCAGAUAAUGGAAGUGAUAUACGAAAAAUGUUAGAAAGCCGAAGAAAGCAGUUUAGGGAAAUACUUGAAAAGGAAUUUGAUAAGCGUGGACAAUUUAAGUUUGCUCUUUGUUCUCUUACCAAAUUUUUUAUUGAUAAUAAACCCGGGAAUAAUAAUGCAAAAAAAAAGAAUUUACGAACUGACUGGCUUAGAAAUAAGCAAAUUAUAGUCUAUAAUAGAGCUGAAAUAGAUGACUACUUAAGCAAUGCUUUCGAAGAAAUCCUAUACCAAGUAGAGGAGAGAGGAGGUAAGACUAAUACUUGA